AUGGUACUUGCAUCUUUUCAUAUUCACGAUGUUCUUGGUGCUGCUAUAGGGCGACAGUUACCAAUAGAGUCUUCCAGACUUUCUUUGCCUGUCUACUGUGAUAAAUGUGGUGCGAAAAAGUUUAUGUUUGAGUCCUUGCAUUUCUGUUGUGGAAAUGGAGACAUAGAAAUAGCUCCGAAUGAGUAUCCUCCUGAACUUGUUUACCUGUUCACUUCGAAGGACGAAGUUGCCGUGCAUUUUCGAAAAUAUGCUAGAUUAUACAAUAAUUUGUUCGCAUACAGUUCUCUUGGGGGUCAGUAUUAUGCAAGCACUUACAAAGGGAUUUAUGUAUUCAAAUUGCAUGACCAACUGUAUCAUUUUGUUCCACACUUAUUGGCUAAUGAUAACAGUCCCAAAUACCUACAAUUGUACUUCUAUGAUGGGCAGCAUGAAGCACAGAAUAGGUUGAAUUGUUUCCCUAUACUAAGAGAGGAUGUGAUUAGCAUCCUCAUGCAUGUAUCCAAACAAAAUCCUUAUGCUAUGUUCUUCCGGUCUUUAAGAGACAGAGUUAUUCAUGCGGAUACAACAAUUGUUCUUAAUAAAAACCCAAUACUUGGUCAGCGUGUUUAUAAUGCUCCUGCUGUUGAUGAUGUCGCCGUAAUCUGGCCUGAAAAUGCUUCAUCUAGCCAAACCUUAGGCCCUCAUAUAUUAGUAACUGGAAAUUCUGAUGAGUCUUAUCGAAUUUAUCAUAAUUAUGGUUGCUAUGAUCCCCUUCAGUAUCCUUUGUUAUUUCCUCAAGGAGAAUGUGGCUGGACUCAGGGUCUUAAAAAAAAUUCUCAUCCAAGGAGAAGAUCAACAGACUCGAUCCCAGAUCCUAUAAUGUCUUGCGCCGUCCAUACUGCUGCAGAUUUAGUUAACGAGGAAGAAACACGUGCAAAAAGACAUAAUACUAGAGCAGACAAGUUCAUUUCUGCCAGAGAAUAUUAUGCAUACAAGUUGCAGAUUAGGCCUAAUAACAUGCUUUUGCGGGCAAGCCGAUGCUUCCAGCAAUAUAUAGUUGAUAUGUAUGUCAAGAUUGAAAAUACACGACUUGAUUACUUUCGUAACAAUCAAGAGACAAUUCGGGCUGAUCUGUAUAAAGGUAUUUUGGAUUCGCUAGAUUCUGGGGAAACUCUUGGUUAUAAUGUUGGGCGCAAAGUUAUUUUACCUCCAAAUUAUAUUGGUGGCCCUCGGGAUAUGAAGAAACGUUACCUAAAUGCUAUGGCUUUAGUGCACAGAUUUGGUAAGCCAGAUCUUUUUGUCACAAUCACCUGUAACGCUAAUUGGCCUGAAAUAAAAGCUGAACUAGCUACUGGUGAAACGGCACAGGAUAGACCGGACUUAGUUGCUAGAGUUUUCAGAGCAAAAUUACUUGCGCUGAAAAAAGAAAUCAUGGAGAAAAAAAUAUUUGGGGAAGUUGCUGCAAUGGUAUAUGUAGUCGAGUUCCAAAAGAGAGGUUUGCCUCACGCUCAUUUCUUGAUUAUUCUGAAACCUAAAUACAAGUUAAAGUCUCCGGAUGACUAUGACAGGUUUGUUUGUGCUGAAAUACCUGCAAUAUUAAAUCUUACCUUGAGAAGAAUUGUGUUAGCACAUAUGAUGCAUGGUCCUUGCGGUAUAUUGAAUCCAGAGUGUCCAUGUAUGCGGAAGGAUGACCUGAAGCUAAGUUGUAAGAACAAGUACCCUAAGCAGUUUUGCAGUGAAACAACUAAUAAUAAAGAUGGUUAUCCUAUCUACCGCAGAAGACAGACUGGAGAGAAGGUAACCAUAAGAAAUGCACAACUAGACAACCAGUGGGUUAUUCCUUACAAUCCUUAUCUUUCUUUGCUAUUUGAUUGUCAUUUGAAUGUUGAAGUAUGCUCGACAAUCAAGGCAGUUAAGUAUCUAUACAAGUAUGUAUAUAAGGGUCAUGAUAGAAUUUCAUACAAUGUUGUGCCUUCUAGCAGUGACUUAGUAGAUGAAAUUGCUCAAUAUCAAUCAGGAGGUGGGUAUCUCCUUGUGAAGCUGCAUGGAGAAUAUUCAGUUCAUUUACCUAAUAUGCAAACUGUUCACAUUCGCCCUCAUGAAAGGCUACACUCUGUUGUUUCAGACUCUAAAUGGUCAAGAACUCAGUUAACUGAAUUCUUUGCAAUGAAUGCUGCUUCUAACCAUGGACUAGGAUAUUUCCCUAAGUCAUUUGAGGCUUUGCGUACUGUCAACGGUUGUCUUUACCCAACUUUUCAGGAAGCUGCGCUAAAGCUUGGCCUUAUAGAAGAUGAUGAUGCGGCUAAUUCAACGUUGUCUGAAGCAUGUGAGACUCAUAUGCCAGCUGCAUUACGUCGUCUAUUUGCAACAGUGUUGAUGUUUUGUCAUCCAGGUGACCCUGCUUCUCUAUGGAAUACCUAUUAUUCUUUUCUUGCCGAAGACUUUUCUCACAAGUACCCAAAUCAGUUCUUGAAAAUACAACAACUUACAGUCACAGCAGUGGAGCAGCACCUUGAAGCCAUGGGAAAAUCACUUGCGUUCUUUGGUUUGGAGCAAUUAAAUUCCCAAGUUAGUGAUGAAUUCAGGCGUACAAAAGACAUUUUAGAUGCUCUUGAUGCACCAAUACCAGAAGAAUGUUUAAGCUGCCGUUCAAAGUUAAACCUUGCACAGAAUGCUGCUUUUGAGAGUAUAAUGGACCAUGUUAUGCAGGGGAAAGGUGGAGCUUUCUUUAUUGAUGGUCCUGGAGCAAACAUUCCUUCGGGCAGAACUGCUCAUUCACGAUUCAAAAUUCCAAUUAAUGAUGAAAUUUCCUUAGCGUGUGAUGUUCCAAAACAAGGUAGUUUAGCAGCAUUGUUAAAGGAAACUACCUUGAUAAUAUGGGAUGAAGCUUCAAUGGCUAAAAAGCAAAAUCUAGAAUCUUUAGACCUUUUAUUACAGGAUAUAUGUGGGAAUAAGAUGUUGUUUGGAGGAAAGGUUGUUGUUUUUGGAGGAGAUUUCAGACAGGUUUUGCCAGUAGUUCCUCGAAAAACUAUGAAGGAAGCAGUAGAAGCAAGCAUAGUGACUUCGUAUCUUUGGCCCAAGUUUAUCAAAUUUCGACUAACAGAAAAUAUUAGAGCAAGGGAAGAUCCAUUGUAUUAUGCUUUUCUACUAGCUUUAGGUAAUGGUGAAUUACAACAAUCAGAAAAUGCCUUUAUCGAGCUGCCAGAACAGAUCGUACAGUGCAAUAACAAUUUCAUAGAAUUAGUGGGUAUCGUUACAGAAACAUCCUUUCCAGAAAUAUUUCAUGGGAAAUUUGAUUGUGAAGUUUUUGCUAGAAAGGCAAUUUUAACACCCAUGAAUGACGAUGUGGAUUCCAUAAACACAUUCAUGAUUGAGCAAUUCCCUGGACACGCUGUAACGUACAAGAGUUUUGAUGCAAUUCUAAAUGAUACAUGUAGUAUAUAUCCUACAGAAUUCAUUAACAAGCUAUGUCCCGGUGGAAUGAGUCCUCAUGAGCUUGUUUUAAAGGAAAAUUGCCCUGUUAUACUAUUAAGAAAUUUGUUGCCAUCUUCAGGUCUAUGCAAUGGCACUAGGCUAAUCUGUAAGAAAUUUUUCCCAAAUGUGAUUCAAUGUAUUAUAGCUGUUGGCCAUUACAAAGGGGAAGAGGUGUUCAUACACAGAAUUAACUUAAGACCUUCUAGCUCUGUCAAUUAUCCAUUCAUGUUCGAAAGAAAACAGUUUCCUAUAAAGCUAAGCUUUGCUAUGACAAUUAACAAGUCUCAAGGGCAAACUUUAAAUCAAGUAUCCAUUUAUCUCCCACGGCCAUGCUUUUCCCAUGGGCAACUUUAUGUUGCAUUAUCACGGGCCAAGAAAUCAACAGAUGUUUGCGUUUUUACAAAAAAUGGUGGAGACCAGUGUUCUGCAAAUGCUGUUAAGAAUGUAGUGUCUUAUGAACUAUUACGUCUAGCAGGCAUUAUUGAAAAUCAUGCAUGA